GCUGUCAGUGUUGUUGUUGUGAGGAGCGUCUGCAGGCAGGGAGGAGUCUCUCUCACUACCCACGACGGCUCCACGGUUGACCCUCUUCCUCACGCUAUGCAGAACGUCAUCAAUACGGUCAAGGGCAAGGCGCUGGGCGUCGCAGAAUACCUUACUCCCAUCCUUAAGGAAUCCAGGUUCAAAGAGACUGGCGUACUGACUCCUGAAGAGUUUGUCGCGGCUGGUGACCAUCUCGUUCAUCACUGUCCAACGUGGCGCUGGGCAGCUGGUGAUGGCAACAAGACCAAGCCAUACCUUCCACAGGAGAAGCAGUUCCUUAUUACCAAGAAUGUUCCUUGCUACAAGCGAUGUAAGCAGAUGGAGUAUCGAAGUGAACAGGAGUUGGUGUUGGAAUCUGAAGGUGAUCCAGAUGGGGGGUGGGUAGACACUCAUCACUUCAGUGACUCGGCCAUAUUGGAGGAGAAGGUAGCAGAUAUGUCCCUUGAGGAUAAGAAAGCAAGUUGCACUGACAACAACGACGAUGACGAUGAUGACGAUGAUGAUGAUGAGGAUGAAGAGGCAGCAGAUAUGGAAGCUUUUGAAGAGUCGGGGAUGCUUGAACAAGAUGAUUUAAGUGCAGUAGAGACUUCAGCCAAGACAACCACCAUAGCAUUAACUUCAGGAGGUAACACUGGGGAAGGAGGAGAAAUUCUAAUAACUAGAACAUAUGACCUUCACAUCACCUACGACAAGUACUACCAGACACCUCGGCUCUGGUUGACAGGCUAUGAUGAGUGUCGGCAGCCUUUGACAGUGGAAGAAAUGUAUGAGGACUUUAGUCAAGACCAUGCUAACAAGACUGUCACCAUGGAAACCCAUCCACAUGUUGCUGGCCCACCAAUGGCAUCUGUUCACCCGUGCAGGCAUGCAGAAACGAUGAAGAAGAUCUGUGAAACGGUGUUGGAGGGAGGCGGGGAGCUGGGUGUUCAUCUGUAUCUUAUUGUCUUUCUCAAAUUUGUCCAAGCCAUCAUUCCAACGAUUGAAUAUGACUACACACACACUUUUACUCUCUAGCUAGCAUUUUAUUCCUCAUCUUCUAAGAACAGGAUUUCAGGAAGUGUCCAAAUGUGGAUGGUGGAUGUUAAAGUUAAAAUUUGCCCAAAAAUACAUUAUAAAUUGUAAGGAGCUUAAAUAAUCACUAAAAUUAAUGUUUUAUUGCUUCAAAAUGUAAUGAAUUUGAAAGAUUGCACAAUAUAGAGAACUGUUAUUGA